UCUGUGCUGUCAGUCACAUGAUGCGGUUCAGUGACAGAAAGAUGUCGGCCAGUGGUCUGCUGCUUCUUGCCUUUCUGUGGGCACCGGCCACAGCAUCUCAGCAAGUGCCCCUGCUCAUGUGGGCGAGUGAAGGUAAUCUUUGGAAAAAUCAACCCAUGCCAAACAGUGGUCAUAUUACAACGGACAUCCAGCUUGGGCAAUACCUCGAACCUGCAAUCCUUAGUGGACCCAAGAAUGUGCUGCUUUUUCUACAGGAGAAGCUGAGCAUCGAAGACUUCACAGCAUUUGGAGGCGUUUAUGGCAAUAAACAGGAUAGCGUUUUUCCAAACUUAGAGAGCAUCAUGGAGUCUUCUCCUUCUUCCCUGGUGCUGCCUGCAGUGGAUUGGUACGCUGCCAACGUUCUGCCCACCUACUUGAAAGAAAAGCUGGGUGGCAACCCCUUGCACGUGGACCAGUCAACCCUUCUGGAGCUGCGACUGAAUGCCAGCAUCCCAUCUCUGCUUAUUGUUCGGUUGCCCUAUGCUAGCAACUCCGGUUUGGUGGCCGCUAAGGAUGUUCUAAGAACCAAUGAUGAGGUGAUUGGACAGGUCCUGAGCACACUGAAGUCAGAGGGUGUCCCAUACAUUGCUCUCCUGACGGCAUUCAGACCUUCACGGGUAAUCAGAGAGUCUGCAUUUGCUGUGGGUGAUAUUAGGCGCCAGUUACUCGCUUCAUCUCAGACCUCACCCACGUACCCUCCUGUGAUGUUUAACGGCACCGGAAAUACUCCCUGCAUCCUGUUCUGGGCCAAGAAUGUCACUGUUUCUGUGAAUAACACAGAAAUAAAUCUGACAGAUAAAACCUUCAACAAUAGUGAUGUGACUCUCACAGGCUCCCAAUGCGAUAGCACAAACGCCACCUUGGUGCUGAAUUACAGAAAUGUACUGAAUGGACAGCCCUUGACUUUAACGUUUACCCUCGAUAGUCUAUGGUAUAAGGUUUCUGCCCGGUUCUGGUUUAACUUAAGGCAUGUGCGGAUGGACUUCAACAACCAGAAUGCCACAUUCCUGGCUCCUCAAAUUUCGGCUCCUUCUAUCUACUCGUUCCACUGCCAGUAUGCCAGCAGUAAGGCUGCUUUUGGUCCACUCCUCGUGCUCAACGCCAGCAAAGAGUUUCCUGCCCCCAACUGGCAACUUCACAUACAGGAGUUUCAGAUCCAGGCUUUCAAUGUAACCGGUGUGAACUUUUCUUACGCCAGCGAUUGUGCGGGCUUCUUUUCUCCAGGCAUCUGGAUGGGCCUCAUCACUACGUUGCUGUUUGUUUUCAUCCUCACCUAUGGACUUCACAUGGUGAUGAAUCUUAAGACCAUGGAUCGAUUUGAUGACCCAAAAGGCCCAUCCAUCUCUGUGCCCCAGACAGAGUAACCUUAUGUUUAUAGGCUGCACCCAUGCCUGACCUCUGUGUCCAUUCUCUACGCUUGGGAUACGUUACCUCAACACUUACCCUUUAACAGUUAUUACCAGUUGACUGAUUGAUGUAGAACACAGGGUGUUGUUUCACCGACUGGGGGAGCAGAAAAUAAAUGUCAAAAUAUUUGGUCUUCAGGCCCUAGUUUUGAUUUAUUCUGAAGAAAAGUUAUUCAUUUUUCAAGAACUGUUAUUGUACUUGCAGUAGAAGCUAAUUCAUCAAUAAGAGAUCAGGUCCUCCUUGAGGUUGAUGGACAGGAGCCUGGUAACACCCCUUAUAAGUUUUAAAGGGAUAGUCUAGUCAUAAUUAAAGGGAUACUGAACCCAAUUUUUUUCUUUCAUGAUUCAGAUAGAACAUGCAAUUUCUAUCUGAAAUCUUUCCUAAGACUUGGAGAGUCAACGACGUCAUUCCAAUUACUAGUGGGAUAUUCACUCCUGGCCUCCUCCUGCUGGCCAGGAGUAAAUAUCCCACUAGUAAUUGGAAUGACGUCGUGGACUCUCCAUGUCCGGAAAGAAAGAAAUUUAUCAGGUAAGAAUAAAUUUUAUUUUUAAGCAACUUUCUACUUUACUCCUAUUUAUCAAUUUUUCUUUGUUCUCUAGAUAUCUUUUUAUCUAUUUUUGGUUCAGAACCUGGGUAGCGCUUAACUAAUACAGCAGUAUCAGCUGUGCAAUGCCCAUUGGCUAAUUGGUACUUUCUACUGAUGCUUAUUGGUUGACAGGUACAGUGAGAAUUAGCAGGAAGUACUUGCCCUACUAUGGGAUUUAACAGGAAGUACCAAUCAGCCAGUGAGCAAUAGCAGGAAGUACACAUUUGAUACAUCUAUUAAUUUAAUUGGAGAUAAUUUCACAUUUUUCAGCCAAAAAAAUCAACAUGUUUAAAUGCUGAUAUUUCACAUUGCUAGUUUUUUUUUAGUUCGAUAACCCUUAAAAUCUACUGGAUUGAGUGUUACUGGUUCCUUUUAAGGGGAGGCUGAUCUCUUGUUGGUGAACUUGCCCACUGUGUUGGAUAAAUAAAUUAACUAUACUGCAGUAUACUGGUAAAAUGUAUGUAUUUUUGAGGUGUUGAUUCUAUGCCUAAACGUGUAAAUCCCUUUUAUCCACCAUACGUGUUACCAGUUCUGUUUUUGUGACAUCAUUGGUAAUAGAGUUCAUAAACUUAUGCAGAUUCUCAGUUCUAACUUCUUUCCCUUUUCUUAUUCUAGACUUGUCAUUCCAUAGUAAGUUAAAGUAAUCACUGUACUAAAUCCCCCAAAUAUUAAAUAUUCAUGCAAUAGAGAUCUAUCCAAAACAGUAUGAUCUUGGUGUACAAAUUCCUUUCAGUCUAAGUGACUGGCCUUGAUAUGUGUGUAUAUAUAGUAUCCAUUUGGUGCAAAUCUAUUUAUUUGUUCAUGCUUGUUCAAUGUUUAGAUCUCAUGCUUAGAUUAGCCAUGGAUAUUGAGUGAUGUGUUGUGAGUCAUGUUGAAAUUUAAAAAAAAAAAAAAAAAGGUUCCUCUGCAACAAUUCACUGUAUAAAUUAUAUGAAAUAAAGUAAGAUUGGUUUGUUAA